AUGGCAGGAUACGGCACAAUCUGCCUAAUGACAUACACGAAUAAAUACUUGUGUCUUACCGAAGAACAACAACAAGGAGAAGACAUACCAGAUGAUUUAGUCGACGAAGAAAACGUUGCUCUCAAGAACGUGACCAAGAAAGAGAGGCAUGGCUUCAAUCACAACGAGAUGCAGGAUGUCUGUGGCCCAGUACCAACUCUGGAGAGCUUGCCAGAAUUCUACCAGGACAAAAUUCAACAACGCGACGAGUGGUAUAGAUCUAUAUUAGAAGGGAGGCAUGAAGAAGUCGAGUUCUUGAAACAUCUCCUGGAGAUAGGGGAUAAGACGGCGGUUCGAAUACAGAAGUCCAGAGCAAAAUUUGGCCCGAGGUCCCACAACAGGACGGAAAGAGGGAUCCGAGGUCAUUCUCGGACAAAUAAGCUGGACCUACUGAUCGCCACUACGAAUAUUCCUUGGUCCGAUGAAGAGGGAGCCCAGUUGAAAUCUCGGUGUACCAGCAGCUCAUAUUUGGCUUACAAGCUGAGAGUUACGGCAAUGAAGAGACACAAGGACUCUCGGAAGACUCGCCAUGUCGACCAGCGUAAGAGCCAAGCCAUCGAAGGCGAAGCGCAAGCCUCUCAAAAUGGAAACCCGAACUUCAAUACUACCCCAACCAACUCAUCAGGAGUUCCCGUGCUCCUCGGUUCUGUUAACCCACAAUACGGCUUGCAACAAGUUCGAAUUACAGUAAAGUUUCGCUUUUGCCGAGGGACUUUUCAGCAGCCGUAG